GCGCGGCAGCCGCAGCGGGGCCGGGGGAGAGCGGGGAGCGGAGCGGGACCGGGAGCGGCGGCACCGCGGGUGAUAUCUUGGCGAGUGACGUGAACUCGAGGGCUGUCCCCAUGCCAGCUCCCACCCUCCAGCCUGCCCAGCUCAAUAAGUAACCUUAACUGGGAACUCGCUGUUACUUUAAAUAAGACCUCUCCUGGCCUCGUGCUGUAAAGUGAGACCUGCUCCUGGAAGAGGAGGGGACAGCUCGGAGCUUGCUGGCAUCACUGAGCACUUUGGAGAGGGCACAAAAGAGGCUGAAACAGAGCAAAAGUCCACAGGAGCCUUCAGGUUCUGCCAAGGGACAGUGCCACUGGAGAAAGUGACAAAGCUCUGGUGGUAAGAGCUUUUCUGGACUGUAUCCUCUCUAAAAUCCAAGUCCCCCUCUGCCUACUCUCUGCUUUUUCAUUCCUUUAAGCUCCUGUGUUAUUCAGUGGCCUUAAAUUCCUCUGGAUUUCUCUCUGCCUUGUGUGCCCCAUCACAGCCAUCGUGCUGCUGGAAGAAGCCCAGGACAAAGAUGCACUGAGGUGUCAUCCAGCAGAGAAGAAAAGCUUGGAUCCUGUCCUGGUGGCUGCUGUGCUGCACGGUGUUGGAGAGGAGGAGAACUUGAGGGGAUUUGCUGUAGCUCCUGGUCCCUGCAGUGUUCCCUGCUAGCUCCGUGGUUGGUGUCCUCCCUCCUUGGACUUUGCUUGAUGGGGAUCUCUGCUGCAGGAGCAGUCUCUGCACACAAAGGCAGGAUAGGAGCAAGGAUAGAAGGAGAGGUCACCUCUAGAUGCUGGAAAGGCCAUUUCUAUAAGCUCCUGGCUGAAGAUUUCUUCUGGAACAGCUGCUGGCUGCAGGCCUGCUGAGCCAAGGCUGAGGAUAACCUCUCUGCAGCAUGUCUUCCAAGCCAGAGCAGGAGACCCAGCAGAACAAUGGAGCUGUGCUGCCCAUUGUCCCCGGGGACUGUCACAGCAGUCAGGAGCGGGGACACCUGGUGGAGCCCUCAGAUUUCCUGGGAACUGAUGGGGAUGGAGUGGAAGUGGUGGUGUUGGAAUCCCGUGCCAACGCUAAAGGGGUUCGUGAGGAAGAUGCCCUGCUGGAAAAUGGGAGCCAGAGCAAUGAAAGUGAUGACACCAGCACAGACAGAGGUCCUGAGCCAGCCUCUCCCCUCAAGGAAACCUCCUUUUCCAUCGGGCUGCAAGUUCUCUUUCCAUUCCUCCUGGCAGGCUUUGGGACAGUUGCUGCUGGAAUGGUGCUGGACAUUGUACAGCACUGGGAUGUCUUCAAAUACGUGACAGAAGUGUUUAUCUUGGUACCUGCAUUGCUGGGCCUGAAGGGGAACCUGGAGAUGACUCUGGCAUCUCGUCUGUCAACAGCUGCUAAUAUUGGCCAAAUGGAUACACCCAAAGAGCUCUGGAGGAUGAUAACAGGGAACAUGGCUCUGAUACAGGUUCAGGCUACUGUGGUUGGCUUCCUGGCCUCCAUUGCAGCAGUGAUCUUUGGAUGGAUCCCAGAUGGGCACUUCAGCAUUGACCAUGCUGUCCUGCUUUGUGCCAGCAGUGUGGCCACUGCUUUCAUUGCUUCCCUUGUUCUGGGUAUGAUUAUGAUUGGGGUCAUCAUUGGAUCCAGGAAGAUGGGGAUCAAUCCUGAUAAUGUUGCCACACCAAUUGCUGCCAGCCUGGGGGAUCUCAUCACCCUGGCUCUGCUUUCAGGGAUCAGCUGGGGCCUCUACAAAGAGCUGGAGAGCAAAGCCUACGUGAAUCCCUUGGUCUGUGCCUUCUUCAUAGCUCUGCUGCCCAUCUGGGUCAUCAUUGCCAAGAGGAAUGCAGCCACCCGGGAAGUGCUGUACUCAGGCUGGGAGCCCGUGAUCAUUGCAAUGGCCAUCAGCAGUGUUGGGGGUUUAAUUCUGGACAGAACGGUCUCAGAUCCAAACUUCGCUGGCAUGGCUGUCUUCACACCAGUUAUUAAUGGUGUGGGUGGCAACCUGGUGGCCGUGCAGGCAAGUCGCAUCUCCACCUACCUGCACAUGAGUGGGAUGCCUGGGGACAGCCCUGAAACAGCCCCACGGAAGUGCCCCAGCCCUUGCAGCACUUUCUUCAGCUCAGAUGUGAAUUCCCGCUCUGCUCGGGUGCUCUUCCUGCUGGUGGUGCCUGGGCACUUGGUUUUCCUUUACACCAUCAGCUCCAUGCAAGGUGGACACACCACACUCACCCUGAUUUUCAUUGUUUUCUACAUGACAGCUGCACUUCUCCAGGUUCUCAUUCUGCUCUACAUUGCUGACUGGAUGGUGCACUGGAUGUGGGGCAGGGACCUGGAUCCUGACAACUUCUCCAUCCCAUACUUGACAGCACUGGGGGAUUUGAUAGGAACAGGUCUGCUGGCUCUCAGCUUUCACAUCCUCUGGCUCAUUGGUGACCGGGACUCUGAUGUGGGAGAUUAACUCUGCCUGCUGCCCCCUCCUCACACCUCUCCUCCUCCUCCUCCUCUCAUUUUGUUGUUGUUUCUUCUCUCCCUGCCCCCCCCUUGCUCUCCUUGGCUUCCUCCCACCCCCUGUCUCUCUUGAGACUUCAUCUUUGAUACUGGAUUCUCAUUAUUUUCAAUGGGAAUUUUAUGUGGUUUAUAUUUCAAGCCAAGUUUGUACGGAAAAUAAAUCUAGUUUUAGGGAAGGACAAAAAAAAAAAAAAAGUGUAACGAGACAAUCACCAAGUGCAAUUUCAUGGUAGUUAUGUGGGAACCAAGGUUACAGUGAAAUGCUGACCACUCAGAUCAGGCAGGGAGCCCACCCUGUCCCUGACACUAGAGGUGAGGGGCUGCUUUUUUCACUUCAUAAGCAUUGUGAAUACUGGAGGCAAGGCUCAGGUUUGUUUCACUGAACAGGCACCUUCCAACACAGCCCAACCUCAUGGGUGAGGACAUGGGGUGUCUCCUGUCACCCCUGUUUGCUCUGUGAAUCCCCGUCCUCUGCCAGGCACCCAGAGCACAUCAGGCUCUGGUAGAGGGGUGAACCAAGGUGAUGGGGAGGGUUCCCCUGUGCUAAAACACCCACUCCUGGGUGCCUGUAAGGAGAGUGAGUGAUUUGGGGUUUGAGGACUGCAGAGCCCUGAGGUCUGGCUGUGAGCAGGAUGGGCUCUGCUGGCAGGUUUGGGCUCACCUCAAGCUGCAGGUGACUUGUUCUGCCUCCCACCAGGAGCUGAUGAUGUUCUCCCAAGGGACACACUCUGUGCUUUGUCUGGCCAGGCUGGGACCUCUCCCUCUCCAUCCUUCUGCUUUCCUGGAGCCAUCAGAGCUGCAGUGUAGGAGCCUCUCCUUGUGCUGGUCUGGGCACAGCACCUUUGUCAGGCAGCCUGAUGUGACUUUUCCUUCCUGGAGGGAUGGAUAGAAAAACAGAUCCUGGGUUUUUAGUGUGAAGAUUUUUUCUCUCAGUUGCUGAGUACUGCUGAUGGGUCCAUUGCAGCUGGGAAGAAACCACCCAAUGCUGCUCCCAGUUGUGUUUCAAACUGGGAAGCCUUAGGUUCUUGGUGUCCCUUAGACAAGGCACCCAUGGUCAGCUCCUGGGUUUCUCCUGGAGGUGCCAGCUGGAAAGCAAAGAGCUCAGCAGGCACAGGGAGGCUCCUGAAACCCUGGUUCUCCAUGGAGCUCUUGAGGGAGGGGGGGAAUGCAGCAAAGAAACCCAAAUGCCCCCGAGCAGGGGUGUGACAUCUGGCCCCAGGGUUACUGCCCCAGCACUGCAGGGUUCCCUUCUCUGUUUCUUUCCCCUCUGCUUUUUGUGCUGCUCAGCUCAGGGGUGGCUGAGCCAUCUUCUCAUCCUGGCACACCUUGGGAGGACACUCCUGCAGCCUGCAGCAGCCUAAUGAGAGAAAACCUGUUCUGGCUGUGUGACAGAGGUGUCUGGAGAUGAUCUUCCUGAACUCUGUCAGCACUCCAUGCUUUUUGGGUUUCCCAUUUGGAUAUAAAUCACCCCAGUCAGCUGAGUGCAGUCCCAUGGCAGCAUCUCUCACCAGCUUGGAAACUUCAUCCAGUUGUAUCAAGUUUAUCUGCUGUGCUGGGGCAGACAGAGCUGCUCAGCAGGCUCUGAUGAAUGUAAAUUGAAUUCCUGAGUGUGCAGGGGGGGAAACUCUUGGCAUCUGGCAAGGAUGGGGAAAAUCCAGCCUGUCCCAUGGAGCCUGGUUUCAGUCCUGCACUGCCCAAAGCCUGGGGACCUGUCAGCAUCUUCUGCUCUUGGGGUGCUGGGGAAAUGUUUAUGGUAGUGGCACUGAGCAUCCUGAUCUUGAAAUGGCAGCAAAAAUCCCAUUUUGGGGAGCUCUGCAGACCCAGAGUGCUGCAGUUCUGCUCCUGCUCUGCUCACUGCCUCUCCUACUUCCUUCCAGCUCCAGAACAUGACCAGAAAGCUGCUGGAUUUUGGGUUUUUCUGCUUUUCCUCUUUCUUUAAGGGUGUUCCUUGCAGCAGAACACAAACCAUCCUUGCUUGGCCUGAUUUCCUCCUUGAGGUUACUCUCAGAAUUCCUCAUGCAAACCAAUGAUAGAUUUUUGAGGCUGCUUUCCCCUUUCUGCCUUGCUGAUGUGACAGAAAGCUGAUGGAGCUUUCCCCUUCCCCAGCUUUUCCCUGGGGUCCUUUGAGGCUGCAGCUCCUCACCCUCUACUCUCCACCCUUGUGAUGUGACUUCUCAUGGACCUCAUUUGGCCAAAGCUCUGUUCCAAAAAACAAUAAAAAACCCAACAAACCAACCCUCAGCCCCUGCUGUGCUGAAGUCUCAGCCCGGGGACUUCUGCAGGAUCCUCUGCUGCUCACCUGAUCUCUGCCUAAUGCUGAGGAAUAGAUAUGAGACUUCUUUCCAUUAACACUUAAGCUUUUAUAUAUACAUAAAUUAUUUAUACAUAUGAGAAACUGCUGGCCUUUUUGGUGUCACAUCACUAUUUGAUUCCCCAUUAAAAGAUUUCCCAGAAGAAGAAUCUCCCACCUGUGGUCUCCUGUAAAAUGAGGAGACCCAGAGGAGAUGGGGAGCUGUCAUGCUGCUGGGACAGGGGUGUCCAGAUGUUCCUGAGCUCUAAGGUGGGGGGGGGAAUAGGUCAGGGAAGCUUCUAAUUUAAAAAUUGAAGAAUAUUGAUGGUCAAAAAACUUUUCCCACGGGUUGCACUCAAAUGCAUGCCUAUUAUACAGCUGACUGCAAAUGAAAGAUACUGGUUUACUCUUUUUAUUAAAGGAAGAAGACUGUCUUAAUUAUUUAUAGUUCCUAUAACUGAAUUGACAGAUGUCAACUUAACUGAUAAAUUAUAUUUGGUUAAAUAAAGAUGGCAUUUAUUUAUGUGGA